CAGGUCUCCCAGGCUCCAAUCACUCCGGCGACUGAGCCAUGGGUGGAAAGCAGGAUGAGAACGAGGCUUACGGUAAACCAGCCAAAUAUGAUCCUUCCUUUCGAGGUCCCAUCAAAAACCGGAGCUGCACAGAUGUCAUCUGCUGCGUCCUCUUCUUUCUCUUCAUUUUGGGUUACAUUGUGGUAGGGAUUGUGGCCUGGGUGUAUGGAGACCCUCGGCAAGUCCUCUACCCCAGGAACUCCACCGGAGCCUACUGCGGGAUGGGAGAGAACAAAGAUAAACCCUAUGUCCUGUACUUCAACAUCUUCAGCUGCAUCCUGAGUGCCAACAUCAUUACGGUCGCCCAGAACAGCCUACAGUGCCCCACGCCCCAGGUAUGUGUGUCCUCCUGUCCAGAGACACCGUGGGCUGUGGAGAGUAACCAGUUGUCACUGACAGUCGGGGAGGUCUUCUCCAAAGGAAAUAAAAACUUUUGCCUGCCAGGAGUACCCCAGAAUAUGAUAGUGCUGGAAAGCCUACAACAGGAGCUCUGUCCCAGUUUCCUCCUCCCUUCCACUCCAGCUCUGGGACGUUGUUUUCCGUUGCCCAAUGUAAAUUACACGCUGCCUGAUUUCCCUGGGAUCCAUAACACCAGCGUUUCUCAAGGGAUCAGUGGGCUUCUGGACAGCAUCAAUGCCCGAGACAUCACGGUUAAGAUCUUUGAGGAUUUUGCCCGGUCCUGGUAUUGGAUCCUUGUUGCCCUAGGCGUGGCUCUGGUCCUGAGCUUAUUGUUUAUCCUGCUUCUGCGUCUGAUGGCCGGGCCCCUGGUGCUGGUGCUGAUCCUCGGGGUGCUAGCUGUGUUGGCCUACGGUAUCUACCACUGCUGGGACCAGUACCGGGUGCUGCGAGACAAGGGUGCCUCCAUCUCCCAGCUGGGCUUCACCACCAACCUCAGCGCCUACAAGAGUGUGCAGGAGACCUGGCUAGCCGCCUUGAUCUUGCUGGCCGUGAUUGAAGGCAUCUUGCUUCUCCUGCUUAUCUUCCUGAGGCAGCGGAUUCGAAUUGCCAUCGCCCUUCUGCAGGAGGCCAGCAAAGCUGUGGGACAGAUGAUGUCAACUCUGUUCUACCCACUCGUCACCUUUGUCCUCCUGGUCAUUUGCAUUGCCUACUGGGCCAUGACUGCUCUGUACCUGGCCACAUCCGGGCAACCCCAGUAUGUCUAUUGGGUGUCCAAUGAGAGUGCCCCUGGAUGUGAGAAUGCACCAGUGAAUGCAUCCUGCGAUCCUAUGGCCCAGUCUACAAACUACACCUGUCCAGGGCUGAUGUGCGUCUUUCAGGGCUACACAUCCACAGGCCUAGUACAACGUUCUCUCUUCAACCUACAAAUCUAUGGGAUCCUAGGGCUCUUCUGGACCAUUAACUGGGUUCUGGCCUUAGGCCAAUGUGUCCUGGCUGGGGCCUUUGCCUCCUUCUACUGGGCCUUCCACAAGCCUCAGGAUAUCCCUACCUUCCCCCUGAGCGCAGCCUUCAUCCGCACACUCCGUUACCACACAGGAUCGCUGGCAUUUGGAGCCCUCAUCCUGAGCCUUGUGCAAAUAGCCCGGAUCAUCCUAGAGUACAUUGACCACAAGCUGAGAGGAGCCCAGAACCCAAUGGCCCGCUGCAUCAUGUGCUGCUUCAAGUGCUGUCUGUGGUGUCUGGAAAAGUUCAUCAAGUUCCUGAACCGCAAUGCAUACAUCAUGAUCGCCAUCUAUGGGAAGAAUUUUUGUGUCUCAGCCAAAAAUGCCUUCAUGCUGCUCAUGCGGAAUGUUGUCAGGGUGGUUGUCCUGGAUAAAGUCACAGACCUGCUGCUGCUCUUUGGGAAGCUGCUUGUGGUUGGAGGUGUCGGGGUCUUGUCUUUCUUUUUUUUCUCUGGCCAAAUCAAGGGAUUGGGUAAAGACUUUGAGAACCCCCACCUCAACUAUUAUUGGCUACCCAUUAUGACCUCCAUUGUGGGAGCCUAUGUCAUCGCCAGUGGCUUCUUCAGUGUUUUCGGCAUGUGUGUGGACACACUCUUCCUGUGUUUCUUGGAAGACCUAGAACGUCACGAUGGCUCCCUGGACAGGCCCUACUACAUGCCCAAGUCUCUCCUGAAGAUUCUAGGCAAAAAGAACGAAGUGCCCCCAGGAAACAAAAAGAGGAAGAAAUAAAAGAAUCUCCCUUGACACGAGACUGAACUCCUCCUGUACAGACCCCCCCAUC